AUGCGACUCCAGGUAACCUCGUCUAUCACACUACACGCCGCCCCAGUAUCGAAUUCCAUAGUAAGCUGCAGUCCAUUUAUCUUCGCAUCGAUUGUAGCUUUAUUAACAAAAGACAGGCGAGGCGUCCGUGGUAAAAUCAUUUGUAUAGCAUGCGUUCUACCUUUCGCUGUGUGGGUUUCCUUCUCCAAUGAAGACAGCGCGAUAGCUAGACGCACAGUAUCUUCAAAAAUCAUAGAGCUGGGUGCAGAUAACACACUAUCCAAUGAAAUUAAUGUGGUGAUAUCUCCACAAGAUCUAAAUCAAAACGAUUUUGAGGAAAAUUAUGAAUUAGGUAAUAUGGUCCAUAAUAAUAAUACCGAUAAACUAUUGACGAUAGAUGAUUUUGCUACAAAGGACAGUCAUUAUCGUUCAGGAUUAGGUGAAAAGGUUUUAGCAGCAUUAUUUAUAAAUGACGCCGAACAUGACAAGAACACAAAAUACGAUAAUUAUGAAGAAGGGCUUCCUAGACGGCAUUCAUCAGAGUCACCUUUUAAUGACAUUGAUAAUGAUGAAAUUAAUAAUAACUUCGUCCGUAAAAAUAGGUAUUCAGAUAGUGAUAAUUAUAACUACCUUACUAACAAUUUGAUAACUGAUAAAGUUGAAAAUGAUAAAGAGUCUCAAGAUAUAAAAGAUAAUAUGCAUAAAAGAUCAAAUAGCGAUGCCGGUCCUGGAUUUAUAGGAUCCUUGGACCUAAAUAAUCCCAUCCCUACAUCACUACUAAGUAAGGGAGGGUUUUUUAGUCGCGAUUCUCCAAUAUUUCAAGUUUUAGAAAAAGAAAAUGAAAAGCAAAAACAAAAAGACAAAGAAAAUGAGAUUAAAAAAAAGACAGAACUACUUCAACCUUCAGAGUCCCCACCUUCAUCACCACCACCAUCACCCCCUCCACCACCCCCUCCACCACCUCCAGCCCCUAUGAACCCCAUAAAUUCACCAAACCACAUAAGUAAUCCUACCAUUUCGAGGAUUUAUGUCAAGUGCAAUUCAAAAUGGUUUCAAUCCAAAUAA